AUGCCUUGUGCCUGGUCCAUAUCACUUACGAAAAGCACUAGCACACUGGCGACCUCAAUCUAUAUUGCAAGCAUUCCUGGCAUCAUGGCCCAGUUUCAAGUUGGACGGACAUUGGCGAUCCUGCCGGUCACACUUUAUGCCCUGGGAUUUGCGGUCGGCCCCAUGUGCACAUCUGCACUUUCCGAGGAGUUGGGAAGACAAUAUGUCUAUAAGGUCUCUCUUUUGCUUCAUUUCGCGUUUACCCUAGGAGGGGGGUUUGCGCAGAAUUAUCGCACUGUCGCUGUAUGCCGCGCACUGUCGGGUGUCGCUGGAUCUCCCUCAGUUAGUGUGUUUGCAGGGGUUUUGAACGACUUGUGGAAAAUGCCUGGAGACAGACUGGGGGUCCCUCUAUUCGUGUUGUACGGCCUUGGCGCCGCCGCAGCCCCGGAGAUUGGCCCGGUGAUAGGAGAGGCCGUUGUCGCUGCCUAUGGCUGGCGAUCGUCGUUUUGGUUAACGGCCAUUCUCGUUGGGGCGUGUUUUCUCGGCAUGAUGUUUGUUCCGGAAACGUUCGAGCCCGAGAUCCUUCGAAGACAGCUCCAGCUUCCUCGCCGCGACCCACGCGAAGCGCUGGGACAGGCGUUCUUGCGCCCAAUGCAACUACUCUGGGCCGAACCCAUAGUUCUUCCGACCGCCAUCAUUGUCACCAUGAGCCAGAUUGUUAUUUUCAUUCUCUAUGCAGCUUUCCCGGUCGUGCUGCAGCGGACCUAUCAAUUCACCCCGUACCAAGUGGGAUUGGCAUUCCUGCCCUUCUUGGUUGGAACAUUGCUCGCUGCCCCAAUCCUGUUCAUGGUAGACAGGCGUAAGCGCGCCUUGGAUCGACCCGUCCCCGAAGACAACCUUCCUGGGGCUAUGCUAGCAGCACUGUUACUGCCGAUCAGCCUUCUAUGGUAUGUGGACAAAGGAACCUCUCCGUCGCGCUUUCAAUGCUUACACAAGAUCCCCAGGCUGGGCUGGACCACUCGUUCUGCGAUCCAUUGGGCUUGUCCCCUUCUUGCAGGUAUCCCGUACGGACUCGGGUUUGCCUUGUCCCAGCUUUCCUAUCCGUUGUACAAGAACGAAGUCUACGGGGCCGAGCUCGGAGCCUCCGCAUUGGCCGUUGAUGUUGCGAUGCGGUACCUCUUCUCUUCCUUUUUCCCGUUGUUUACCAACAAUCUCAUCGACGGUAUUGGAUUUGAUUGGACAAUGACGGCUUGUGCUAUCUUGAUGAUCCUGCUCGCCCCGGUUCCGUGCUUGCUGUGGAGGUUUGGCCCUGGUUUGCGGAACCGAAGCAAAUAUGCCCAAGGGUUGUCCCCCGUGGUGCGAGAGGAUGGGCAAUCGCGGCGAUAUCGCGAUGGCCCGGCCAUUCAGUCCGCUCCUAAUCCGCUGGUCUAG